AUGGCAAUUGAUGCACGUUUUCCUUUCACGUCGCUGCUUUCUUUCCUUAUCCGAGUAUCUGUCGUUGUAGCAGAGAUCUGGCAAGCUCGAGGAGAGGGCCAUUCUGGAGAAUCUGUCGUACCGCAUGGCAACGGUAGUAGCCCAAGCGCCGUAUCAGGCUAUCCUCUGCUGUCUGCUGCUUCCUCGAACACGAAGCGCAUUGAUACUUUCCACUUGCUUGACCUGAGGAAGAUCGAAUUAGUCUUCAUUUCCGUGUGGUAG